GGCUAGGUGUGAGCCAGAGGGUCGGCGUUAGGGCCUUAGGUUCUUCACGAUGGCGUCUCGGGCAGGCCCACGAGCGGCCGGCACCGACGGCAGCGACUUUCAGCACCGGGAACGAGUCGCCAUGCACUACCAAAUGAGAUUUAUUUCAUGUAUGUGAGUACCCUGUCGCUGUCUUCAGACACACCAGAGGAGGACAUCGGGUCCCCAUUAUAGAUGGUUGUGAGCCACCAUGUGAUUGCUGGGAAUUGAACUCAGGACCUUUGGAAGGGCAGUCAGUGAUCUUAACCGCUGAGCCACCUCUCCAGUCCACUACUUAAGUGUGACCCUCAAGUACGAAAUCAAGAAGCUGAUCUACGUGCAUCUCGUCAUAUGGCUGCUGUUGGUUGCCAAGAUGAGUGUGGGACACCUGAGGCUCUUGUCACAUGACCAGGUGGCCAUGCCCUAUCAGUGGGAAUAUCCGUAUUUGUUGAGCAUUGUGCCCUCUGUCUUGGGUCUUCUCUCCUUCCCUCGAAACAACAUUAGCUACCUGGUGCUCUCUAUGAUCAGCAUGGGGCUCUUCUCCAUCGCUCCCCUCAUUUAUGGCAGCAUGGAGAUGUUCCCUGCGGCACAGCAGCUCUACCGCCAUGGCAAGGCCUAUCGCUUCCUGUUCGGUUUUUCCGCCGUCUCUGUCAUGUACCUGGUGUUGGUACUGGCAGUCCAAGUUCAUGCCUGGCAACUCUACUACAGCAAGAAACUCCUAGACUCUUGGUUCACCAGCACACAGGAGAAGAAACGUAAAUGAUGAAGCCUGCUUGAUGAACUGCUAUGGGGGUAGAACCUAGGGCUCCCACUGAGCAGGUGGAGGGGGCUGUUCAGAAUCUCCACAGACUGGCAUCUGUGAUGUUGACACCCAGUGCACUCUAGGCUCAAAGCUUGGCCUAGAGUUCUCUCUCACCAUCUGCUGAGGCGGCAAAGCUGUAGUAUUUAAUUUAUUCUUGACUAGCUACAGCGGGGUAACCAGUGGCUGUGAAACGCUUUAACUGGUUGAACUUGAGGCCCUCUAGAGUUUGGGUUUUGCAGACUGAGCCUUACCUUGCCUUCUCUUGGUCAUACUCCCUACUUCCGUGCAUCACCUCCUCACCACCAAUUACAAAAAGAAAUCUGGAAUAAUCCAUAUGUCAAGUGGACUUCAACCCGUAGGUCACAGGGCAGGCAACAUUUGGGAAGCUGCUCCCCUACAGGCUGUUCUGUUUACUGCAAACCAUUUUAAAUCAAGAACCUCAAUAAAGUUAAGACUGUCCUGUG